GACUCUUCCAGAGCCUUCCGAAUCCUUCCCCGCACUCCUACUUCCUCGGCUCCACACCCGGCCAGCGAGUCCCGUUCCAAUCCAACCCGCAACCCCGCAAGUCGCGCGUCUCAGGCGAACCCGGUUCCGGCGUCCUGUGAUCCAACCUCUCCCGCCCUUCCGUGUCCGGCGGCCUCUCCACGAUUCCAGCCCCGCGCGCGAUGUCGACGCAGUCCAUCUCGCCCACCUCCGCCUCCGCGCAGUUUGCUUACGCUGCUGCCGGUGCGGCGGCGGCGGCGGCUCCGUCCUACUUCCCCGUCCCCUUCCACCUCCAGACCGCGCAGUACCCCACCUGGCCGAUAACGGCCCCCGCGGCCGCCACCCCGCCGACUUACAACGCCGUCUAUCCCAUGCCCCAGGUCCAGCAGGCACAUCAGCUGUUUCAGAAAGACUCACAGAUAAUCAGCCCAGAAGCUCUAGCCACUGUAAAGGCUGCUAUUGCAGAUAGUGAAAUAGAGAAGAAGGUAGAAGCAAACAGAAAGGCAGUACCACGAAAGGCGGCUGGGCAAUCUUGGGAGGACCCAACGUUAGCUGAUUGGCCUGAAAACGAUUUCCGUUUGUUUUGUGGUGAUCUUGGAAAUGAAGUGAAUGAUGAUGUUCUUACCAAGGCGUUUUCAAAAUAUCCAUCCUUCAAUAUGGCUAGGGUUAUACGAGAUAAGUCUACCGGUAAGACUAAAGGCUAUGGCUUUGUUAGUUUUGCCAAUGCUUCGGAUCUUGCUGCAGCACUGAAAGAGAUGAACGGUAAAUACGUUGGAAAUCGACCAAUCAAGCUACGCAAGAGCACAUGGAAGAAUAGAAUAGACUAUGAAGCUUUGCAUAAGCUGAAGACCGGACCACAGAAGAAGCUCAAAGCACAGAAAAGAAGUGUUCUACAUAAGUGAAGUGCAUAAAUCUCCUAGUUUGUCAUCACAGUAUUAUGUUCUGUGGCAGCCAACGUAGCGUUCAAGUCUGCGCCAUUGCAUGUGUCAGUUUGGUCAGAUAGCAAUGUAGCAUGAGAUAAAUUGCGUGUCUGAUGCCUCCCAAUUUAUGAUUGUGAGGUGUAAAUAUUCUGAUUGUUGGUACCGUUUUGUGAACACUAUGAUGGGCUGCUGGUGAACUCUGCAUUUCGAUGACUUGUGUGUCGAUGUUAAUGUGAUGAAGUGCUCUCCUGGUUUCAACA